AUGCAUUUCUCCGUUCUUCCUGCCAUGGCCCUUUUCCUGUCGCUAACGCUCGCGAGGGGUUUUUCCAUGGCUGACAUGCACGACUACUGCGCAUGCCAAUACAAAACCGACUCAGCAGUUGACUAUGCCGCCACUGAUCUGCUAGCCGGUGACUGCAGGUUCGGCUACACCUAUGGCCAAAACUCGGGGCAAUUCUGGAUUGGUCGAUCAUCUGGUUCGGGACCAAGGUUCCAAGGACGAUUCCUCAAAGCGAUUAGUGGCCAAAUUGAUGGAAAGGAGUUCUACAACAACUGCAAAAGAUAUGCUGCGAAUGAUGCGACUUGCUUUAAUUGUGAAACUAAGUUCGAGUAUCCUGAUGGGUCUAUUCUGUGUCGGUAA